GCAGACGGCUGUCAGCUCACACUGGAUCCAAACACAGCGAACAGAAACCUGUUUCUGUCUGAGGGGAACAGGAGGGUGACACACACACGGGGGAGAGCGGAGACAUAUCCUGAUCAUCCUGAGAGAUUUGAGUGCUGGCCCCAGGUUGUGUGCAGAGAGAGUGUGUGUGAGCGCUGUUACUGGGAGGCUGAGUUCAGUGUGUCUGAGAGGGGGAGGGUUGAUAUAGCAGUGACAGAUAAAGGAAUCAGCAGGAAAGGAGGGGGUUCUGACUGUAGGUUUGGAUGGAAUAAAAACUCCUGGAUUCUGAGCUGCUUUAAAUACAGUCACUCUGAUAAUUACUCUGUCAGGCACAAUAAUAACUCAACAGACAUACCUGCCCCCCCCCCAGGAGUCUGUGUGUACAGGGUAGGAGUGUGUGUGGACCGUCCGGCCGGCACUCUGUCCUUCUACAGCGUCUCUGACUCUGACACACUGACCCUCCUGCACAGAUUCCACACACACAUCACUCAACACACACCCCUCUGUGCUGGAUUUAGAAUGCGUUACGCCUCAGUUUUCCUCUGCCAACUGGAGUAGAGACACACACACAAACAUGCACACACACACACGCAUACACACGCAUGUGCGCGCACAC